UCAACGCAUUUUUCAUCAUAUUCCCGACUUUGCCAUUGUCUACUUUUCUUCAUCAACGAUAAAUCUAGACAACCGGGAUAAUUAUUCACGCGCAACACAACGAUGGACUCGGAGGGACAGCUGAAGCGGAAAGACACCACCAAGGGUCCUCCCUUACGGAUACUGAGCUUAGAUGGCGGAGGAGUCCGUGGCUAUUCUAUGUUUAUCAUUAUCCAAGAACUGAUGCUCCGAACCUUCGUCGAAAUCGAAGGUAGAGCGCCGCGACGCGAUCAGAUCCCGAAACCAUGCGAUCAUUUCGACCUAAUAGUUGGCACCGGCACGGGCGGCUUGAUCGCCUUGAUGCUAGGACGUCUUCGAUUAGACCUGGAGACAUGCAAGGAACUAUAUGUCCGAAUGACGAGGAUGGUGUUUGAGUCCGAUAAGACAAUUGUCGGGAUACCCUAUCGACACACACUAUUUAAGGCAUCUAUGCUCGAGCGCGCAAUCAAGGAGGCGGUAAGGGAACAUACUGUUUCUGACGAUGAAGGGAACGAUGGGGCAUCAUCAAGCGUUUUCAGUCCGGUAUCUGCUGUAUCGCGGUCUAGUGCUGCUUCGAGCGGCUUUCCCCGACGGCACCAGAGCAAUGCCAGUACCGUCAGUUUCAGCGGUCGCAGUCCGUCGAGUCAAACCCGCCCGGUAUUUCGGGGCGGCGGAUGGGGCGAUCCUGAUGCGCAACUUUAUGAUACUAGAGAGAAUAGAACGAAGACCGCUGUCACGGCCAUGUAUAAAGGAACUUCUAGAGGAGGUUCUGCCGCGCUUUUACGAUCGUAUGACUCGAGGAAAGAGCCUGCCCCCGAAUAUGACUGUAAGAUUUGGGAGGCCGGUCGCGCAACCUGUGCGAUUGGACUAGCUUUCAAGCCGAUUAAGAUUGGACAGACCGUAUUCCAUGACGAUGGAGCUGGGACAUUUAAUCCAUCGCCCUAUGCCCUUGACGAAGCUACAGUUAACGAAUGGCCGGGGCGAGAUGUAGGUGUGUUCGUCAGCGUAGGAACUGGAAAACGACCAAAAGGAACGGACCAGAAUCAACAUGUCUGGUAUGAAGGCUUCAUAGGCGAAUAUGCGGAAGCGAGAAAAAAGUUGAUCCAAAAGGUAGAAGGCUGUGAAGCGAUCCACGAGCGGAUGAAGAAGGAACUUCUGAUGAAGAGAGGUGUCAACAUCGAAAAUUACUAUCGAUUCAACGUUGAGGUAGGUGUUGGCGAGUUUGCUAUGAAUGAGUGGGAUCGACUAGGAGAAAUCAGCACGGGCACGAAAAGAUACCUAUCAAGGGAUGCUGAACAGAAAAUGGUUCAAGAAUCGUCGACAAAAUUAGCCAAGAUACACAGGGCAAAGCGGAGGUUUGAAAGGCUCAGCAGCAAUGUACCUGACAUCACAACUCAGCCGACCAUGGGUUCUCUGAAUGCUCCAUUAGCUGUAGAACUCCCGGGAGAUUUCCCUGCGACUUUUCCGGCUCGAAAUAGUCCCCCAAGUCGGGAGUCGUACGAGUCAGGCAUAGACCACCUUUCACUUCCCGGAUCCGGAGCCGGCCCGGGUAGUACGGCGUCUUCCCGCGGUUCCGGCGAUCGCGUUCGCCCACCUACUAGCCAUGCUUCUCCGCCUCAAACGGCCACACGCCCGCAGCAGAAACCACCCUCCUCUCCAGCUUUGGCUCCAGCAGUCAGGCCUCCUCCCGAUGACGAGCCUGACCGCCUCGUAGUGACCGCACCUACCCCUGCACAGUACCGCCACGCUGCCGGAUCUGACAAGAUUGCUAUCACGGGAGCUGAUGAAUACCCACGAAGGCCACAAAGGGAUCCUAUCAUACAACCCAUGAUUCAACCAUAUCAACCGCACCGUAUAGAGCCGCCUCCACUACCUCCGAAGACACCGCUACCUGAGAAGCAGCUCGCGAGUAGUCGACGCCCUAACGGAGCCCCUCUCCCGCCUUACCCUAUGGAUGAGGAGGGCCCUCCACCGGUAGUCAACAUGGCAAAGAAACCAGAGUACAGAAGGAGAUGAACAAAAAUUUUCUUUGAAGGUAGCAUAGAAGCUACGUGGUUGGUCCUUGGGUCGAGUCUUCAGGUCUGUUCGGCGAAUUCUUCUACGGUCUGGCGUCUCUAGGAUAGGAUGUUUCACGUGGCACUGAUGAUUGAUGAUACCAUUCGC